UUCCAGAUAGGGGUUCAUACUUAAUUUUGAGGUGAGCAAUGAUAAAACGGUUUUGUACAGCGAUUAACAGUCAAAGUAUGUAGUGAUAUUUAUAGUCUUGCCUGAAAUUUUACGGGAAGUUCCCCCUACUUCUUUACAUAGGACUACACCUACCCCUGCCUCCAGGUGUACCCUAUUCACAUUUAUGAUUGUGUAGAAAAAGAAAUUGUUACCAUCGACCAGUAAAAGAGACGAAAGACCCUUGGGCUUUGAGAGCUAGGAAGCUUUUUUACGCCGAAAAAUUGAAGAGACUAACAACAACAUGAAAUUUUCAAUUCUAUGAUUCAUUUUUGGCAAAUGUGAAGAUAAAAUUGACCUGUAAGGAUAAUUCUUUAAAGCUCAAAAUGCUAGAAAGGCAAUUUUUACAUCAAAUAUCUACUUUCCCUUUAUAAAAAUGCAGUUCGUCUGUUUUUGCUUUGGUUACCCCCGUCACCAUUUCUUAUUGAAGGGGCACACCAUUUUGUGAUAAUGAUCCUUUGAAACAUAAUUGAAAGGUUUGGAUUCUAGAUACCAAUGCCACAAAUAACUUCACCUUGGUAAAGACCCGACCCUACUGAUAACCUUUGUUACAAAAGACUGGUCGUAAUUGGCAACCAAUAAAAAUAUUUGUUGUACAACUAUUUGUUUCGCUUUAUUAAACCCAAACUCCCGCGAAUGUACUAUUGUGUUCUUUUGUGCAAUGCUCACUUAGGCUUGCUGUAAACAGACAUGGAUGUAAAAAGUGGCACAUGGAGAAGAAGUCUGGAAAUGCCGUUCGGUUUGAUUCUUAUCGUGUUCUUUGCUAUUACGGCCAUUGAUGGACAAUGCCCUGGUGUUGGUCUAACUGGAUAUCGAGUACACGAAUACGUCAAAGCUGCCACUACAAAUGAAACAUCACCAGGCUGCCUCGACUCUGCAAACAAGACUUAUCAAGUGACUCUAAAGAACCCACGCACAGUCACCAAUGUUGGGGUUAAUUCUGGUAAUUUACUACUGACGGAUGUUAGAUAUUCUUACAAUUCAAGCACGUGGCUUCGAUACAAUGGAAAGGUUACGAAACAGGACGUCAAUACAAUUUCCUUUGACCCACCAAUAUUUUUACUGCACCUUGUAGUAAGUCUAGGCCCAUUUUCUGGUCCUAUCCGAUGUCUAAACGUAACGUUAUCGGCGUGUGUCCAAGAUAUUGCACCGGAGGUAUCUUUUCAAUCAACUUCAGAUGCGAGAUUUCACGAUGAAAUAACUCUUCGAUGCACCAUAAAAGGACAACCAUUUGCUAGAAUCGUUUGGCAUACUCUGUAUGGAUUUACAUUUCACACUAAGAAUGUUGAAAAUCAAUACGAUAUUCGUGGAGAUUUUCAUAAUAGCACCUUGCGAAUCACGAAAGUCAGACUGUCUGAGGAUGGGUUUACAUGCAGAGUCGGCUCUCCGCCAUGCUUGAGAGUCAUUUGUUCAGCUAAUUAUCCUGGCUCUACAAGAACAAAUUCCAUUGCAAGGAACUUGGAUGUUUUUCCAGCCUCUCCUGAAAACAUUCAAAUAACAAGAAUCUGGCCUCGCUCUGUGCUGACAACAUGGAAGAAACCGAAGGCGGAUUACAUCACGAACUAUACUUUCUUCGGAAUCGCGUUAACAAGCAAUCGAGGUCCAAGAAGAGACAACAUUCCUGUCACCAAUUUACAAGCGACAGAAUAUAGCAACGUUUUAAAUAAUCUAGCGCCAUGCACCUACUACGCUAUCCAAGUUUCAUCUGUAAACUAUCUAGGAGAAAGUUCUUGGACUCAAGGGAAUUUCACAACUCCGGCGGGUUUGGUUGGAGUAACAUUGAGUAUUCAUAAUGUUUCAUCCUCCUCCGUAUCAACGACCUGGAGCAUACAGGAACAGUUAGGAAAUGGAUGUGAGGUCAACAACGCUACGAAGUUUCUUAUUAGGUACAAAUGCCUAAAUGGACUAUCCGACUUGAGUUUAUGCAGCUCAUUAUUUCAGACAAAUGCAAGUAACAAUCUGAGGAGCAAACUAGUGGGCAUGCUAAAUCCUGCAACAACGUAUCAAAUAUCUGUAACAGCACUAACAACUCAAGCAGAUUACAAUGUCACUUCUGGGGCUAUCGAGUUUGUUACAAAUGAUUCGUUACCCGUUGGCACACCAAACAAUCUACAUAUAACGCAUAUUAACAGUACUGCCGUAAUAAUUUCAUGGGAGGAUAUACAGUCUAAACAUAAGCACGGAAAAAUCAUUCACUUCAAAGCCGAAGCUGUACGGUCCGGUCAAAACGUUGCUAUUUUAGCUAUAAAUUUCACAGCAGAAACAACCAACAGUACAGUAAUUACUGGUUUAAAUCCGUGCUCAAGCUAUACCUUUAGGUUAAGUGGUUGCAACAGUGUCGGUUGUGGACCAAAUGCACAAUUGUCAUUUAGAACACUAGAUAAGCCAAUUAAUUCCACGCUUACUUUGGAUCUGCACUUAAACGAGUCAAAUCCGCUGAAUAUUUUUCUCACAGCUACAGCUGUUGGCAGUACGGAACCUGAGAUUUGUGUUACAGGCUUUACUGUGCAAUACAGAAAAAUGUACGGAGGAAACCUGACUGAAACGAAGCGAUCGCCAUUCAACAGGUCAGUAUCAAUAUUUGAUUUGGAGCCUGUCUCUGUUUAUUUGGUCAGAUCAAGAUUAGUCGGCUACUCAAGCAUCGGUACUUGGACUGAGUUUUCACGAGUGGCGACCAACGAAGGUAAACCGAGUGCUGUGCGGGAUCUGAAACUAAUCCCGCAACCUGCUGGUUUCGGAAAUGUCACGUGGAAAGCUCCGUCCAGACCAAACGGGAUGAUAACACAUUACGUGGUUAAGUUUCACGGAACAAGACACUACAACUCGAGUUUCAUUCACGUUGAAAGCAAAAGCGCGGGUAAUCUGACCAAUAAAGAAUUAAGCGGACUGUUUCCAGCAACUUAUUAUAGGAUAACGGUAUAUGCGACCAAUGCUAAAUACAAAGGCGUCGUUAGUUCCAUUGCUUACGAAAGUGAGGCUAUGCCGCCUUUGCGACCAUCAGAAGUUAAACUUGAUGAGAGUACAAUUAUCCACAGUCAAGUCCGGGCAACUGCUAAACACGUUAAUGCUGAUAACGGACCGAUCUCGGGAUAUCAGGUUAUUGUACUGCGAGGAAUUGGUAACUUGAAUGUGACUGGUGGUCCUAAUAAACUACCUGGAUAUUAUCAGGCAUUGGCGCUCAACCUGAGCUACUAUAUAACACUUAAGCUUUCAGUGUUCAAUGGCUCUAAGUCCUUUCUUAUUGGGGACGGUAAAUCAGAAUCAGGACUUUUUAAUGCACCACUGAGCAGGAGCGCCAACUAUACAGUGUUCAUAAGGGCUGUUACAAUUUGGCAAGGCAGAACUCUAUAUAGUCGAGCAUCGGCAACUGCUUUAUACCGGUAUCCAGUCAGAAGCAGGCCAUUGGCAAUAACUGCAAGCCGAAAAAUGACGUCAUUUGGAAUUCAACUUAUCCAGCUUCAGUCUAACGUAAAGUACGUACGUAUUAUCGUGCAGAAGUUGGAUUCAGGGAAGGCAAUCACUUCAAUACCACACCCCAACCAAUACCCCGAAUCUAAUAUAACAGUAUAUACCAUAUCUAAGAAAAUGAAGUUAUCUCUUCCUUACGUGGCAGCUGAGCUGAGUAGUGCAGUUUUCGUCAAGCUCAAAACUUUUUUCAUCGGUGUUGGCAACCGCACAAGUAGAACGAUUACUAGAAAACGAAGAAACGUUUUAAAUUCGACCUCAUUUUGGAAUGGUCCUUUAGAUCCAGGAUCAUCGUACAGCGUAUUUUUCAGGGUUUAUCAUAGCGAUUUAGUGUAUUACUCCAGUGCUUGGAGUGACCCUUUCGUUACACUGCCAGCUGAACCGGUCGCUGCAGCUCCGCGAGUUUCAACUGUUGGUCUUAUCAUUGGCGUUGUUUUAUGUGUUUUGGCAAUACCAUGCUUUAUAAUACUGGGAAUUCUGUUGUGGAAAAGAUACAAGAAAGUGUUUGAAGCUAAAUGUCACUUUAGUAAUAUGGAGCUUGUGACUAACAACAGCACAGAUAAUAAUGGCACGGCAAACCACUCGUUCUCUGAUGAUGUUUUUGAUCCUGAGAUCAACACAGUCCAAUCGAGUGACUUCGUUUUACAGUAUCCCCUUGAUAUGUCCCAUCCACCAAUUCCUACAGCGGAUUACAUUGACUACGUGGAUGCAAUGAAAGACAAAGAUUAUGCUUUCGAAGAUGAAUUCCAAGAACUGAGCGACGGACCAUCAGGAAGCAAACGCACCGCAAAGAAACAGUGUAACGCAGACUUAAACAGAGAUACAGAUUUUGUGCCUUUUGACAACUCUAGGGUCAUUCUCGAGCAUGCAAAGAAAGGAAACACUGAUUACAUAAAUGCUGCCUAUAUUGAUGGUUUGAACGUAAAAAAUGCAUACAUUGCAACACAAGCACCAUUAACAGAUACUAUGAAGGACUUUUGGGCGAUGGUCUGGCAACAGAAAGUACGUACAAUUGUUAUGUUGACUCACAUUCUUGAUGAAGAUAAAACUAACUCACCGUGUUACUGGCCUUCAAAGCAGAAACUUUCUCUGGGCGACAUUGCAGUUGAAAGCAAGGAUACGGUGUUUGACGACUGCUCCACUGUACGGGCGUUCAUGGUCGCUGCGAAGAAGAUGACACCUAGACUUGUGCGUCACUUCCAGUUUAACAAAUGGCCGGAGAGGGGUGUUCCUAAUUCAGUGAACAAUCUUCUUGCUUUCCGUGAUUUGGUUAACAACUGGCACAAAGGGAAGAACAGUCCGAUGGUUAUACAUUGCAGCAACGGAUGUGGUAGAACAGGCACCUACAUUGCUCUCGAUGCACUUCUAAAGAACUUCAGGACAUCAAAAACUGUUGAUGUCUUCAACUAUGUGAAUUAUCUCAGAUCUCGAAGAACAGGCAUGGUGGAAACAGACAGGCAGUAUGAGUUCAUUUACAAGGCGAUACUCGAGGUGUUCAUGAAACAUGAUAUGAAUACGGAGAUGACAAAAAGAAAUGCAAAGGAGCUUCACCGCAGCCUCAUUAUGAUGGAUCCUCUGAUUGGCUGCAGUGGAUUUGGGAAGAUCUUCAAAGUCUUGCAUCGUGGCUUGAAGACUGAAUCGUCUAUCAUAAAGCACUUUGAAGGUUCCAAAGCAAUAAAUGACUACAAAAACAGGUAUUCCUUUAAAGUACCUCAUGACAGUUUCAGAGUGAGGCUACCAGUUUUUGGGAGUGCAAAAUCCAAUUCAUCCGAUUACAUCAAUGCAACAUUAGUUGCAUUGAGUGACAGCUCCAGAUUCAUAACAACACAAGCACCAUUCGGAAUAACGAUCAACGACUUCUGGACCAUGGUACAUUUCAGCCGCGCUGAUGUGAUUAUCUCGUUGAAUGAUCUUGAGGAGGGCAAAGCCGUUUUUACUCAGUUUUGGCCUACCGGCGAGGUGGAAUCGGCUGUGUAUGGGAAUUUUCGUGUGGUGCUGGAGCUGGAGACGACACCAUUCCCAUGCGUUAUCCGGCGGGAUUUUACACUAUCGGAGCUUGGGCACCCUGAUGUAACAAAAGAAGUCACGCAGUUCCAUAUGUUAGGUUGGCAGGAUCAUGACACACCUACAAGUCGCAUUGCUGUUCUAGAGUUAUGCAAGCAUAUAGUUAGUGAGUAUAUGUCUGAUGAGAAACCGCCAGUGAUAGUUCAAUGCAGUGACGGGUUCGGAAGAAGCGGUACCUUUUGUGCUUGUACCGAGGCCGUUAAAGGGAUGAUGAAUAACGGCGUUGUCGAUAUUCAAAGUAUUGUACGUAAAUUCAAAGAAAGGAACACUGCUUAUGUCGAGAACGUGGCCCAAUUCAAAUUCAUAUUUGACAUUGCGUUGGAUUAUGUGGCAAGACGUGGAUGAGAAAGUUCUUGAUGCUAUUUGAAUAAAGACAAUGUAAACAGAAAAUGACUAUGCGAGUAAAUUCUUAAAAAUAAGAAGAAUAACGAGAAAACUAAUUGAAAAAGCAUUAAGAAUAAAGCACAGUCAAACUUGUUCAAAACAAUUACGUAUAGAUUAUGAGAAAUUGACAAUAUCCAGAGGUGAUUAUCUUAAAGAAAAUAACUAAUCUUGGGCUGUGCCUUUACUUUUAGUUUGAAAUCAAAUCAGAUUCUAACACUUAGUCAAGUUCUUCAGAAUUUAGAAAAGUCUUCGUCCUUCAUUCACCUAAUGAACCAAAACUUCUGAAAAUUUCCUCAGAUCCCUCAACCUCUUUUGAAAACUUUCUUCAAAUCGAUAGAAAGACAAGGCAAGAUUGUACGUAUAAUUUUCAAAAACCUUUUUAGUGAUCUCCCAGCAGUAGAAACACUAUAGUUUUCUAGACAUCAACUGUAUGUCUCGUCACAUAUUUGCAGCAGUUUGUAAAGACCCUUGCGCAACCGGCAUGCUUAGCGGCAGUUGUCCUGACAAAUUGAUUGUUUUUGUAUUUUCAUGCAGUUCGAUAUUAUGCCGGUUUUGAAAAUAAAGUCGCAAAGCAUGUCGGUUGCCCAAAAGCCUUUAAGGUGUGCGGUUCAGGAAGGUGAUCUAAGUUCUUGUGGAAACUAUUAAUGACGAUUAUAUCCUAUUACAAAACCAAGGUAUAACCAGAAAACAAGGCGUUGGCAGCAAAUCGUUGCUUGAAAUUUCUAGAUUUCAUAGCAAAAAAUGCCAAAAUCAGCGAUGAAUGAUUUUGUUCCCAAAUUUCCAUAUUUUUUCCCAGAUUGCCCUUUCGUCUUCCCAUAGUUAAACCUUUCGUCAUGUAAUUUAACCCGAAAUUUCGAUAGGUGAAAGUCUUUUCGCAAAGUAUUUUUCAUUUUUCAAGUAACAGUAACUACAAUAUUGAAAAACAGUAUAGCAUUGCAAUAGCUGAUAGCAAUAGAUGACUUUACAGCGGUCAAACUGCUUACAAACGGUCAAACUAAUUGAGAAGGAAGACGGGCGACCCCAAAAUAUUUGACACUUUAACUUAAAAUAAAGAAAAUUGCUGCCUGUUCAGUAUAAUUUUGAGAAUUUGAUAAUAUCUUUGCUUAUUCUAAGUUUCAUAAACUUCUAGAUUGGCAGUAACUUAAGCAAGUGAUAAAGAUAUAGCUAUAAUAAUAUAUUGAAAAUACUUAGCAUUUUGCAGCAUUGGUAGCAUGCGUUCUUGGUUUCCUUACUUCAUUUAUAUGUGUGGCUUAAACUAUGUUUAUAUAAAUAAAUAUUGUUUCAAUUGUAGAAAGAAUAUAUGCUAAUUUUGUUAAUUUAUAAGAAAUGUGUUAUAUUGUUUUGCUGUGCAAAAUUUAGCAAUGAUACAAAAGUUUUUGCAAACUUUUCCAGCUUAUUUUGUAUCUCUUACUCUCGGCUACCCGAAUCAAUAGAAUUAACUUUGAUUAAAGUGAUAGCGCGACCAACGGACAUAACACAAUAACAGACGAUUCCAUCGACACACAAGUCAUUUCAUCAAAACAUAUCUCCCUGUAAAUCAAAAUCAUACAUAAAUAACAUCCAGGCAACGAACACCUCCCUGCAACAGAACAACUCUGGUUCUAUAGUUGCGCAAACAGAGAUCUAUCGGUUGAUAAAUUUUUUAGAACAGCCAAAAAUGGUCUAUAACUUCACACCAGUUACCAGUUUCAGUCAAUUCUCGAUCUAUUU